UGACCCCCUUGAAACGUAUGACCUGUCUCCCGUGUCUGGCCUUGGCUCGUAACGCGGUGCUGCUGUCUGUCAGUGCCUGCUGGGUUUACGACUUAAAUCAACGUCAGGCUACUUUUCGUGUCGGACCGGUCGGCUGGUGAACUGGGCGCUGUUCCAGCGGAGCUGAGCCACAAUGCUGAAAUGUAGAACAGUGUGGAGAACGCUUGCACCGCUAGCUAGAACCUCCUCGACUGUGUGCCGGCAGAACGCGAGGAGAGCAGGGUUAAACAAUGGCAGACUACCCGCAUGUGUACCUGCAGCUCACAUGUCCACAGCGCCUGCAGGGGGAGGAAGAGAAAACCAGCUGUACGUUCUUCUGGUCGGAGCAACCUGCGUUGGUGGUGCAAUAUAUGCGUACCGAACUGUCAAGGGAGACAGCCAAAGAUAUCAGGACCGCAUUGACGAAAUCUCAUCCAGACCUCUAAAAACAUUCACAGAAGAACCAGCCACACCCACCCAGUCAGAGCCUCCCGCCGCACCUUCACCAGCAGAGCCAAGUCCUCCGGCCCCCGAUGCUGAAAUACUGGCCCCCAUUGAAACAGCUGAUCUACCCUCAGUGUGGAUUGCCUCCACAGCAGAUGAGCCGGCGGUAGAAGCGUCCCCACAGGAGGCAGCCGAACCGGCCGCUGCACUAAUAGUUGAGGAGGAACCUCCAGCAGCAGAGCCGGCCGAAGCUCGACCGGGAGUUGUGGCAGAGGCAGAUGAGCCAGUCAUAGAAGCGUCCCCCGAGGAGGCAGCAGAACCACCUGUAGUUGAGCCGGAACCGUCGCCCCCCUCUGAGCCGACCCCAGCUGAGCUCACAGAGCCUGUUGCAGACAGCGAAUCUCCAGCAGCAGAAAGCGCCGCCGCCGCCAAGCCGGCUGAACCUCAACUGGAAGCUGUGACAGAGAGUGGAGACGCGUCCCCCGCCUCUCACAAGGUCUCCUCACACACGCCCUACCUCCUCAUCGGUGGAGGCACCGCCUCUUUCGCUGCUGCCCGGUCCAUUCGAGCCAGGGACCCCGGUGCCAGGGUAUUAAUUGUGACCGACGAGCUGGUCCCGCCAUACAUGAGGCCCCCUCUUUCUAAGGAACUGUGGUUCUCAGAUGAUCCCAGUGUGACGGAAACUCUGCGUUUCAAACAGUGGAACGGAAAGGAAAGGAGUAUCUACUUCCAGCCACCAUCCUUCUACAUAAAUGCAGAAGAAUUGGGAAGUGCAGAAAAUGGUGGAGUGGCAGUUCUCACUGGCAAAAAGGUGGUUCACAUGGAUGUGAGAGGAAACAAAAUAAAACUCGACGAUGACACUGAGAUUUCAUAUGACAAGUGUUUGAUUGCUACAGGCGGCGUGCCAAGAAAUCUUCAGGUCAUUGAACGGGCAGGCGAAGAGGUGAUGAAGAGGACGACGUUGUUCCGCAAGGUCGAGGACUUCAAAUCAUUGGAUAAAGUCUCCAGAAACGUCAAGUCCAUCACUAUCAUUGGUGGCGGCUUCUUGGGCAGCGAGCUGGCGUGUGCCCUCGGCAGGAGAUCAACGGAGAGCGACCUCGAGGUGAUACAGAUGUACCCUGAGAAGGGCAACAUGGGGAAAGUUUUGCCUGAGUACCUAAGCAACUGGACGACAGAAAAAGUCAAGAAAGAGGGUGUGAAAAUCAUCUCCGAAGCUUUGGUAAAAUCUGUGGUCAGCAAAGAUGAUAAAUUAGAAAUCCAACUGAAGGACGGACGACUGGUGAAAACUGACCACAUCGUUGCAGCUGUUGGCCUCGAGCCCAAUGUUGACCUUGCUAAGUCAGCAGGUCUGGAGGUGGACUCUGACUUUGGGGGCUUUCGAGUCAAUGCGGAGCUGCAAGCUAGAUCCAAUAUUUGGGUGGCAGGAGAUGCUGCGUGUUUCUAUGACAUCAGACUGGGCCGCAGGCGAGUGGAGCACCACGACCACGCCGUCGUGAGCGGGCGACUGGCUGGAGAGAACAUGACCGGAGCCAACAAACCCUACUGGCAUCAGUCCAUGUUCUGGAGCGACCUGGGUCCAGAUGUGGGCUACGAGGCCAUCGGGAUCGUCGACAGCAGCCUACCGACAGUCGGCGUGUUCGCCAAAGCCACGGCCAAGGAUACGCCCAAAGCUGCGACGGAGGAGUCCGGAACCGGGAUCCGGUCAGAAAGCGAAACCGAGCACACUGCUUCCAGCCCGGUGGCCUCUUCAGCGCCAUCUCCCACCGGCGUGCAGCAUAAAGACGAGUACGGAAAGGGAGUCAUCUUCUACCUGAGGGACAAGGUGGUGGUGGGCAUCAUCCUGUGGAACGUGUUCAACAGGAUGCCCAUCGCAAGGAAGAUUAUCAAGGACGGAGAGGAACAUGCAGAUCUGAACGAAGUGGCGAAACUGUUCAACAUCCAUGACGAUUAGGAGGCCGGUGGCCGGCACUGAGUGAGGACGAGCUUCACGUGGAGACUGAACUUUGGUUGAGUCUUUAAGACGACUGAUCAUACAAAGAAAAUGGGAGGAUUCAUGUAAAUGUCUGAGAUAUUUUUCAUAUUUGCAUUAUGUAUCUGCUGCACCUGCUUGUGUUUGUUUCUUAUUUUCUGUUUAUGGAAAAUUGUCAGAUUUUGCUCAUCUUUUAGAAAAUCACGGUCGGGAUGUGAUUGUCCUUCUGCUUUUCCACACCAGGCUAUAAAAUGCUCAACAUGGAUGUUUGUUUUCCUCUGUGUGAUCAGUGCAGCUCGUCGAGAGAAGCUGCAAUGCAAUAAAGGCUAUUUUUAAAUUGGA